AUGAGCAAUCAAAUUAAAAAAUGGUUAUGUUGCGCAGUAUUUCCUAUUUUAUUGGAGCCAGUCCCAGGAUGGGUUGACACUUUAAAUGGAAUUGGAGGCAUAAUUGUCGGCGCAGGCAAAGGUGUUAUUAGAUCAAUGCACUGCACACCAACUUACUAUGCCGAAAUUAUUCCAGUCGACAUUGCAAUUAAUAGUAUAAUUUUCUUAUCAUAUGUGAUUGGUACCAGCAAGAUGAAAUCAAAAAGCAUACCAGUGUACAACAUAACGCAGGGAAAUGUAAGGCCCAUUACAUGGGGUGAAAUGUUAGAGAAAGGCAGGAAAAUCAUUUAUGAUUAUCCUUUUGAAGGACAGGCUUGGUAUCCGGAUGGAGAUAUACGUACCAACAAAUAUGUGCACAACUUAUUUGUCUUUUUCUUUCACAUCAUUCCUGCGUAUUUAAUCGACUUUCUCAUGUUGAUAUUUCGACAGAAGAGAUUUAUGGUCAGAAUUCAAAAGCGAAUUUCAGUCGGUCUGGAAGUAUUAAUAGCACGUGAUUCUGAUCUUGUUAGUCAAUAA